UAAGUGCAGCUGGUAAAAUUUGUCAACAAAGCAAUGUUUUUCUGUGUUUUUGUUUUUAAAUAGCGUUUUAAAGCGUUAUUUCGCGCUCCAAAAUGGACAAGUCCAGGUCCAGUGCCUACGACAAGUUCGUGGGCUACGUGGAACAGCUGCGUAAUACGGAAUGCAGUCAAAAGCAGAAGAUCACCUGCUUCCAGCAGAUUGCCGAGUGCAUUAUGUCGCCCUCGCUGGCGGGGCAUAUCAACUAUGCCGCGCACUGUGGCACGGCCAUGAAUGUCCUGCUGCUCUUCUGCGAGGAUGUGGAUUCCGUGGUCCGGAUGAGCGCCGAGGAGAACCUCAACAAGAUCCUGCGGGCGCUGGAAAAAACCCGGGUCAGUCGCAUCCUCAUGGAUCUGUACGGCGAGAUCAAGCGGAAUGGUAACCAGAGAUCCUUGAGGAUUUGCCUGAACCUGUUCUCUUACUAUGCCCCACAAAUAAAGGAGAAGCACAUUAAGUGGUAUGCCGUAAGAUUGCUCCAAUGCAUGACCACCAUAUCCCAGCGCAGGGAGACUCUGCUCCAGGAAUCGCUCUGCGAUUUUGUAAAGCACUUUGGUCGCUACAUGCAGCAGGGUCUCAGCGAUAGCGAAUCCUGCAAGCUCUUCGAGACCUUUCUGGACAAUAUUAGCUCCGAAUGCGCCGUCAAGCGUCGUUGCUCGGCCCAAAAUUGCAUCAGUCUUAUUGAGCAUGCACGCAAUAGGAGCCUGAUGGCCAGACAUGGAGUCAACAAAGUGAUGGAACUCCUGCUGACGGAUCAGCAAACGAGCAGCGUGCUGGGAGCCUUGGGUCUGCUGCGCCUCCUGUUGCCGCAACUCAUACGAGGCCACUCGGCCGAUGGCCACGAGGAUUCCGAGUCCUUGGCCGGCAAGAGGCAGCAGCCUCAGCAGCAGCAGCAGCAGCAGCAACAGCAGCAGACAACGACCUCCGACUGCCGGCAAAUUAUUGAAAUUUAUGAUUAUUGUUUGCACCUGCUGAGCACGCAGCACACCGCGAAUCACGCCAUCAUAAAUGCCACCCUGGAGGUCAUCAACGGCAUACUCCAGUCCCUGGACGCCCCGUCGGAUGUAGCCGGCCAAUGUAGCCCGAGUCUGGGCCAAAGUUUGCGCCAACUGUUGUGCAAUCAACAACUGCAGCACAAUGAGUAUUUGCGGCGAAGGAAAUCAUUAAAGAAUCAAAUAUUCCAAUUGAAAAAUUACGAAGUGGCGACAAGUCAACAGCAGCUCGAGGAUGAGGAUGAGGGCGAGGAUGUGGAUGUGAAUGCACUGGCUGCUGUUGGGGCCACUGCAGUGCAAAUGAAAAAGAAUUCAAAUGCAAAACUGCAGCAGGCGAAGUGUCAACAGCAGCGGCAACAACAACAGCAGCAGCGACUCGAGGUUGACAACAGCUCGCUGGGAAUUAAUGCCGGGGAAGAUGCCACGACCGAGGCUCCAAGUUCCGUUGCUGAUGAAGGGGGAUCCAGGCAGGAGGCAGCGAAGCAGCGCUGCCACAUUAGGAAUGCCGCACGCAGCAUCAGCGAAUGCGUUGCCCCGGAUGAGGACAGGCAGGGGCAAGGACACCGGCGGCGGCGGGACGAGGAUGAUGACAGGCGGACGGCGGCGCAGGCGGAGCAAGAUGAUGAUGACGAUGACGACGACAUGGAGCUGCUGAGUGCCGAGUGUGAUGACUUUACAACCCUGUCGCAACUAAAUGAACAACAACAGGCGCUGUCAGCGGCAUUGCAAUUGCCCGCAACAACAACGGCGGCAGCAGCAACAACAGCAGCAGCUGCAGCAACAACAGCAACAUCGCAGGACGAUAAACUGAUUGAUGUUGAUGCCGAUGCCGAUGCCGAUGUCGGGGGGCUGCCUAAACCGCAGCAUCAGUCAUCUCUGCAGAAUCUGCUCGCCGGCAGCGAUGACAAAUCCCAGCAUUUGAGUGACAUCGACAAUGAAUCUUUCAACAGCAUCGAUUUCGAAGCCGAAAUCACAAUUGCCGGCAGCAAAGAGCCGCAUCAGCAGCAGCAACAGCAACAUCCUCCGGCGGAUGAUUCGGUGGAAUCCGGCGAUGCAACAGCAAUUGGCACAUUCUUCAACAAUCUGCUGUCGCAUUCCAAUGCAGCCUCGGAGUCGGUCAGUAAGCUCUUUCGUCAAUCAAGCGGCUCUAAGUCCACGCCCUCCAAGUCGACGCCCGCCGACAAAUCGGAUGCCAUCUCAACGGCCUCGCUCACGCUUUCGCUCACCUCCUUGGCCAGCAGCAGCAACACGGAGCCGCCGGAGCGACAGCCCUCGAUUGCGGAGACGCCCACGCCGUUGGAGGACUCCUGCUCGAUGACCGCCUCCCACACGGCCUCCACCGCCCUCAUGAUGGAUGCUCCGGGCGUGGAUGUGGCAGCUCCUAAGCCCGAAACACCGCAGUUGCGAAGCACGCCCAACGCUAAUCCCUUUCUGGUGGAGAACUCGCCGCUCCGGCAGACAGUUGUCGGUCGUGCCCUGAUCACCGUGAAAAUUGGCAGCAUCCUGGAGCAGUCCUUGGUCUACUAUACGGCUCGUUUGGUGGCAGCUCGAUUCCUGCUCAGUGGACAGGCGGCGGGAUUACAGCCGGAUAGCAUCAGUAGAGUGUCCAUCAAGAGUCUCUCCUUGGCCGUGAUUGCCCAGUGUGUGCGCCUGGCUCCCAGAGUUCUUCAACUCAGCCUGGAGAUCAGUGAUAGGGAACUGCAGCUGCUGGAGGAGGACGUGUCUAGGGACAGCACUCAAGUAUCCAGUCCCCAGAGCAGCGAUAAUUCCCAAGGGGGCGGAGAGAAGCCUUCGAUGGAUAGUAGCCUGAUUCAAACCGAAGUGGAGGAGAACCUUCUCCUGCUGGACAUCAAGGACGAUCACUUUGGCCCCAGCACCUGUCCAGUUUACCUGCAGCAGCCUACACCCACGCUGAGUCGCAGUGCAGAUUCUUCGGUUCUCUUACUAGGUGGUGGCUCCUCCUUAUCCCAUCCUGCAAAGAAAUCUGCCAACGAAGAGAAACUCUCCAAGUCCGAGAUCAUUGGCAGCUCAUUUAAGCCCACAGUGGCGGCUGAGGAUGUGCCUUCGUUGAGCUUGCCGCCACGUCCACCCAAGCGCACCAAGUCUACGCGCAGUCGCUCUGGAGCUGUGGGAUUAGCUUCCACUCCUGGAACUCCUCCAGCUCAAGGCUGCCAGUCACUUUCGGAUAUACUGCUCUUCCAUGACCACACCGAUCCCAUUUUGCGCGGUGGAGUCCAGCAGGUUGUGGGCUACUUCCUGCAAUCCAGCGGAGCUGGGCUGUUCCUGGAACUCCAACGUAAUCUGGGUCUGCAACACUUGCUGGCCAUUUUGCUGAAGGGCUUUGAGGACGAGAUCCACACAGUGGUUAUACAAGCGUUGAAUGCAUUCGAUAAGAUAUUUCCGCAUGUGGUGUCCAAAUAUUUGACAGAGCCGCCAUGUCAUUAUCAUGCUCAUCAGCAGCAGGAGCGCCAGAAGCAGGAGCAGCAACAGAAGGAGCAGCUGGAGCAGGAGCAGCAGCAGGAAAACCAGGACCACGAGAGGGACCUGCAACGACAUUCAAGUGGACAACAAAAGCGUCCGGGCCAGGCGCAAACAUUUGGCCAACAAACUUUUGCAAAGGACCAGGAUAAUGCCUUAAGCAGUCAACGGCUGCAACAAAGGCGUCCUAACGAUGCCGGGACAUGUGCCAAGUCCUCGGCCACUGAUAAUGAUGAGCUACUGGCUGUUCUUUUGAAUGAUUUCCAAUUGCAAUCGACUGGGAUGCAGCAGCAGCAGCAGCAGCAGCGGCAGCCGGAGCAGCACACUGGGCAGUUGCGUAAUGAGCCCGAUCCGAAGCCCAGUGCCCAACUGGUUGAACCCUUCUGUGUGUUUGCCAUCUCACCCAAAUUGCUCUUGAGCAAACUCCGGCUCUGCCAUCACAAUAAAUAUUGGCUGGUCCAGAAUAAAUACGCCGAAGUUAUUUCGAAUUUAAAUUACGUGCUGCUGCGGUCGUACUACGCAAAUUUCGGUUGUGCCAUCGCCGACAACAAAAACAGCGUCGCCAGGCAGGAGCAGGACUCGAGGCGGCCGUCCGGGGAUGCCUGCGCUUCUGGCCGGGAUGCGGAGGGCGAGGACAUUGUCUGCACUUAUGAGGCGCAGUUUCUGGCUGAACUUUUACAUCUGCUCGGCGACGAUGAUGCGCGGGUGCGGGAGCACGCGGCCCUCUGUCUCUGCCGCUUUAUAAUGCAAACGGCGCGCCAGGAUCCAUCGACGGAGGCGAAGGACGAGGACGCAGGAGGAGGACGAGCAGAUGGAGGCCAAAUCGAAGGCAAUGGCAAUGGCAAUAGCAACGUCAACGUGGAAACUCAACAAACUAAUUUCAAUUUGCUGUGGGAUUUUUUCGACUAUCGCAUAUUUGGCAGCAUGUCCGUGACGUUGCGUAAUUUAUUCCGGGCCAGUUCGACGAUUGUGCCGCCUCUGGCUGAGUUGGAUGCAAUGGCCUGCUCCUCCUCCUCCUCCGCCGCCGCCGCCGCCUCAAUCUAUCCCGAAUCGGGCAGCACGUCCAGCUCCUCAGCAUCGGCAUCUGCCUCGUCCGCAUCCAUAGCGGCAGUCUCCGCGGCGUCGGCCUACUUUGAGGCAAGUUACGGCAUCGGCAUCGCCGAGGGGCAUGUUUUUGCCCUGGCAUCGGCAUCCCAACGUCAAAUCGCGCAGGAGGAAAAAGUUUUGGCCAAAGUUUUGUAUCGCUUGACAAAUAAAUUGAUGACGCUGAAUGAUAAAAAUGUGCAGUUUGGCAUAAUUUACGCGCUGCGCCUCCUGUUGAGGCACUUCAAUUUCGUGGACUAUCAACAGGCCUGGUUGGAAUUCAAUUUCGUUGAAAUUUGCAUUAGCUAUGCCUACUACAACAAUGCAACAGCUGCGGACCUCAGCUGCCAGAACGAUUUGAUUGAUGUGAUGGGCAAACUAAUGGCAGGUGCCAUGCUGAGCUCAGGUGAGCCGAGUGCCCCCCACCUGGACUUUCUGCUGCGUCACAGCGUCAAGAUGCUGAACAUCUACUGCCACCUGGUCACCAAUCAGCGCCACCCACCGGCGGGCGGUUCACAUUCGGGGAGUGGGAGCGGGAGCGGAAGCAGCUCCAAGCCGCCCAAGAGCGAGCUCUUUGGCCGCGAACCGCCAGCGGCAUCAUCCCUCCAGGCUCUGGGUUACUUUGCCGGCGAUUACGUUUACAUGAAACUUUACAACAUUUUAAGAGGUGCUAAUGACAGCUACAAGAUAAGCAUAAAUCACGAGGCCGGCAGCUUAUUAAUUUGUCUCCUGAAAACCUGCCUCAAUGCGUUGGGCCUGUGCCUGGAGGGCUUGGUGAGUGCCUCGCCGCCGGAGCUGAAAUUAAUCGAAGAAAUACUCCACUAUUUGACCAAGCUCAUAAAUUAUGCGCCCGCCGAGUGCGUUGCAUGUCUGCGGCAACUGUUGAAAUAUUUAUUCGCCCAAAAUUAUGCCAGCCAAGUGCGGCUGCAGCCAUCGGCCAUCGGUGGAGCUGGCCACCAUGCCGCCUUCAUACGUCCCUACUUUAGGGCCAAGGGCAGGGGUCACGGCGCCGGCUCCACAUUGUUGCCAACAAUAAAUUCAAAACCGGCGGAGGGAGAGGAGCACCUGCGAGGAGGAGGAGCAGGAGCUGCACAACCAAUUGAUACUGCCCCACUCCAGGCCAUGGGCUUGCUCUUUGAGCAGGGCCUGCAGCCGGGCACUCCGCCGGUGGGCGAAUGCGGCCGGCUUAUAAAGCUAUUCGAGCCGCUGGUCAUAUACUGUCUGACGCUCUUCAUGAAAUCCAAUGCGCUGGUUCAGGCACCCAUUUUGCGAUUGCUAUCCCAACUGCUGGAGCUGAAUGUAACCUAUAGUAUACUGGACUCCAAGAAUGUGAUUUUCGACCAGAUAAUGAGCAACAUGGAACUGAUUGAAAGUGGAAUAGAUAGGAACGCCUUCAUCAUUGUGCCGCCCAUGCUGCGAUUCCUGGUGCAGCUGACGCACAAGAGCGACCGACAACUGAUCACCAUACCCAAGAUCAUCAGCAUCACCAACAACUUGCUGGCCAACGGAUCGGUUCGCGAGGUAGCCCUCUUGGCACUCAAAACCCUCAGCUACGAGCUGUUCUUCAUGCACAGCCAGCUGGAGGAGGCGCUGGACACCGAGGGCCAUAACUCAGGUCGGACGGCGUGCCAGAGUCCUUUGAGUGCGGCCCCCACGCCGGAAACCAGAGAGGUCUUGCUGGCGCAGCGACGCGAGCUGGACACCCAACGGGAAGUGGUGCUGGGCAUGCUGGAGAAAUUCAUCGAGGCACGACCGAGUCAACAGGUUCUGGCCCUCCUCCUGCUCUUCGAGCGGAGUGUUCAGGAACUGGACACGCCGCCAUACCACCGAAGUGCCCAGGAUGCGGACGCCGUGUACGGUGCGCUGUGUCGGGGCCUGUGCUCGCGCCAGUGGCGACUCCACUCCGCCGGAGAUCUGCGGCUCCUGGAGAGCUGUUUCCGCAACAACGGCAACCAUGUGCUGGCCGACAGCAAGGGAUUCCUGCAGCUGCUGCAGCUUUUCAUCGAGCAGGGCGUCGGGAACUUUGGUGAUUUAGCUCUGGCCAUGGUUAUGCUGGCCAACGUAAUCCUCAAAACCGAGGAAAUUUAUCUGGUGAAUCACAUAAAACUUUAUUUGAAAAAUAAUCCCACGGCCGAGCGUCGUCUGCAGGCCAUGAUGCCCAGCUCGUCAUCGGCGGCUCCUCACUGGCAGGACGAGGCUCCUUCGACGUCUUCGGCGGCUGCAGCUGCUAGGGCGGCAGCCGCCGCCUCCUUUUCCAGAGGAUCCACCAUCAGCGAAAUUAACUAUUUCGCCAAAGUUCUCAGCGAGAAGCUGCUAGCCUGUUUGGAUGCCAUACUGGGCCUGGAUACCGGCUUCUCCUGCUCUUCCUCCGUGGGCCACGCCUACUGCCAGCUGGCCGGGCGCUUCGUGGACGCCCUGCUCAACGUCUGCUGCCGCUCGCGGCACAAGGAUGCACUUCAAUCGGUUUUCCGUUUGGUUUUGGCCGAGUCUGAAUUUCUCUGCAAAUACUAUAGCCUGCUGUUGAUGAGUGCCGCGGGCCAGGGUGGAUACGGCUCACUGGAUGCCGUGUUGCUCGCCUGCCUGCGGCUGGUGCUGGCCAUGCGGCUGGAGGAGCCGGUGGCCCUCAUGGAGCAGGCCGCCCAGCUGCCGCUGAAACGAAAUUUGCAGCGGGCGUUGCUGCGCGAAGUUUGUCGUGCCAAUGUGGGCUGCGAUUGGAGUGCGCAACAAGUGCGCCGCUUGUUCGACGGCCGGUAUCUGAAUUUCCUAAUUGCUGACCACUUGGAAUUCCUUUGCGAGCUAUGCCAAGAGCGUCCCGAGUGCGGCUCAUUACUGCAGGUGGCCUUGUUCCGGAAUGCCCAUCGAUUGAGCCGGCCAUCCAUUCGCAUCGUCCUUCGGCUAUUGGGACGUCUUUGUGAGCCCGCUGAACGGGCGGCCUCUGGAGAUGCUGGCAGCGAUGCGGAUCCCACACUGCAGGCCAUGCAACUGCUGAGUCGCCUGCACCAGCUGCACGAGGGGGAGCGCUCGCUGCAGCUGCCCAUGGAGCGGCUGGCCCGACGACUGAGCGCCCAGAGCGGCCCGGCUGCCAGGAACUCCAUCUACGAGCGGCUGGUCGAGGGAGAUCUGGCCGGCGGAGAGGACCAGGACGCCCUGCGAACCCUGCUACUGAAGGACUUGGAGUGCCGCCAGGACAAUGAGACUGCAACGCCGUCGCGCAUAAUUGAUGAGAGCUGGCUCUUUGCUCAGCUAAUCAAAUUCGCCACCCAGCAUGCAGAUGCCCCUCAGCAGCAAAAGCAACUUAUGCUGCUGCUCCUGGAGAUCCAGUCGGAGCCCAAGCUGCAGCGGCUGCUCCGGAGUCUGGGAGCCGAGCAGGAGGCGAGGCUGCUGCGCCACGCCAUCUCCGGCUCACUGGCCGCCAUGCUGUCCGCCUUCCGGCAGAAGUGCAUCCAACAUGCAGCGCAUAUCAACUACAUGCAACCGCCGCCGCUGGCCCGUGUAUCCUGCUCCCUGCUCCUGGCGAAGGUGGCCUCCGUUGAGGUCACACAACAUCGGGCACCACCCACCGGAGAGCAGCUCGAUGUGGCGCGGGCCGUGGCCACACUGAUGGCCUGCAUUCGGAAUGUAGAGCAAACAGCACUCAUCUACAUCGAUGCCCGGCUGAUGGAGAAGUUCGUGGUCGAGCACCUGCUGCGCCCCGAGCAUCUGCCGCCGUUGCUGGCCUACCUGGGCUGGCUGGCCGGGGCGGCCAAACAGAUUUUGGCCAAGCCAACACCACAGGAGUCGGAACAAGACGCUCUGGGCGUCCUGCUCGCCACAGUGGACGCCCUCCUGCAGCAGCCACGCGUUUGGAGGGAGCUUAACUCCAGCCUGGAUCCGGGGCUGCGAUGUGAAUUGCUCGCCCUGCUGGACUCGGUGGCCCGCUGCAUUCUGCAGGACACAAUUUUCUAUCGUCGUCACCGAGCGGACAGAAAGAAGGCCAAGGGACCGGCACCGCAGGCGAUUUUCCUGGCCAAAUUGAUUGAAACGCAAAUUGAAAUCGAGUCCCUGGACAGCGGCAGGGUCUUCUUGGCAGGCGCCGAGGAUGCUCGACUGCAGUUCGCAGGCCAGGAUCUGGCCCGCUUCCAAGUGGCAUUGUCGCUGGUGGCAUCCAUCGGCAUCUCGCUGCUGCGAACGCACCAGUUUUAUGCCUACGCGGUCACUCCGCACGAGCUCAUCAGGCAGCCAGAGGAGCAGCAGCAGGAGCAGCAGAAGCAACAGGCCGAUGGCAAGCUGCCCUCCAUUCCUGUGGACAGCCUGAGCGAUGUGGAUAUCCUGCGUCAAUUCGUCAAGAGGCUCUCCAUCUUCGGAUUCACCACCCGGCAGCAGUUCGAGGAGUACUUCAUGACCUGCCUGCUGCUGAUCAACAAGCUGUACGACGAGCACAUGGUCGAUCAGCAGGAGCAGUUCCAGAUCAAGCAGGUCUGCCUGCAGGCCAUCCUCGAACUUUUAAUGACGUACAAAACUUUUCCCAUUGUGGGCCAAACCAACGGCCAGUUCCAUCACACCACUCGCUGGCAGCGCAUCACUUGUGACAGCAUUAGCCUGAAGAAACUGCACAAGGUUCAGUUGCUGGUGGAUGCGUGCAAUGUCUUCUAUCAGCCCAAUCUGGAGCGGCAGCUGGCGGCCCAGGACAAUGUGAUUGGCACACGCACCUUUGCGGCCAAUCAGUACGAUCUCAAUUUCAGCUGGGCGCAAAUGGAGGAGCAGGCUGGCGGGGGAGUGGGCUUGGGCCUGGGCGCGGGCGUGGGCCUGCCAGGAGCAGAGCCACCCCACACGGCGGACAUUAAGCAGUCCGGCGAUGCGGAUGUGCCCGACAUGGCAAUGCGCAACUAUCGCCAUAUUACACAGCUGUCGGGAAUUGACUUUCGCAGCAGCACGCAGCUGGUCUUUGACGUACUGCAGCAGAUGAUCGAGCUGAAUCACAUCCUGGUGCUGCCCAAUUUGGUGAAGUUCUGCGAGAUCUGCGAGAGCCGCGACCACAUCAAAUGGAUUAAGGAGCGCUGCCUCAAACUGCAGGAGCAAGUGCCCAUGGACGAUACUAUUUCGCAUCAACACAUAAUCUACUUACUGUGCCGCAGCCAGGCCCUCCUGAUCCCCAGCCUGGGCGAGUUGCAGGUCCUGUGCUCCUUGAUUGGCAACGUCUACUUGAAGAGCACGCACAGCUUCAUACGCAUCGCCACGCUGCAGGGGCUGCUCUGCCUGCUGGAGUGCUGCAGCAAGACCAACACGACAAUGGGACGGCUCAGCGAGGAGCUGGCAUUGUUGCGAGCCCUAAUUGUGGGCUACAUCAAUCGUCAUGGCAUCAUUGAUGAGAGCCCCCUGCCCUUCAGCGUGGAGCACACGAAGCUGGUCUGGACGCUCAAUUACAGCCUGAUCGAGUGGACAUCGAAAUUCGUGCCGCAGUGUCAUCUGUUGUCAAAUACAAUCAUUGCGGCCAACAAUUUCCUGAAGACGACCGCCGACGAGGAGCUCUAUCUGUGCGUUCUGCAUGGCCUGGAGCGCAUGGUGGUCAAUAGCGGAGCGCCGUCUCCUGGUGGCCCAAAGCCUACUGGCAAGGAUGAACUGGCACCCGGAAGCGGAGCCGUCGCUGGAGCAGCCGAGCAGGCGGCCGUUGGAGUCGUGGUCACACCGCAGAUGCGACAUAAAAUUGAAAAACUUGCACUCGAAUUGCUGAAAAUGGAAAAUGAGAAAUUUUCGAUUCCGGCAUUGAAAUUGCUUUUGUCCUGCAUGUAUGUGGGCUCUGCUGGCCAGCUGGAGAACACCGAGCUGUCGAACGGCAUCGUGCAGGAUGACCCGGAGAUAAUCGCCCAGCAAAACGAUAAAGUCGAUAUACUUUUGCAUUGUAUUAAAUCAUCGAGUCGAGAUGCCGCCUGGAUUUAUGGACAAGUGCUGUGCCAAAUUAUUCGUGAUUUAGUGCCACCGAAUGAAAUAUUGACGAAGGUCAUAAAGGAGUUUCUGGCCAUAAAUCAACCGCACGGCGAUGUUAUUGCCAUGAUUGUGUAUCAGGUCUUUCGGUCCGCCAUCGACUCGUCGUACCUGCAGAUGCUGCAGGACUGGCUGAUCUGCACCCUGCCAACGUUCCUGGCCCAGCCGGAGCAGCAGGGUGUCUGGGGUCUCAGCGUCAUCUUUUUAUCCGCCUCCAUAAAUCUGCAUUUGAUUAAACUAUUUCCGCUGGUGCUCGGCAUCGGGGCAUCCAGCUCGGUGGCACCCACGGCUACGGCGACGGCGACGGCGACAGGGGCAACAGCACCGGCGAUGGCCCGAAAAUUGGGUCAACACGAAAUUGCAUUGUUCGUGACAGCUGCACAAGAUUUCCAUGCGAAAUUGAGUGGCGAGCAGCGGCAGCGUUUCCGCGAGGCCUUCAGCAGCUUCGAGCGGAAUCAAGUCUACGGCCGGAUGUUGCAGCGCCUCUGAGGCGAUACGUUGGGGCACAAUGCAAUUCAGAUUUGGCCAGCAGCGGCCAAACUUGCUCCAAAGACAAGCGCAAGCGUGAAUAACUAAUUGCCCCCUGGCCAAGGAGAAAGUUUAAACGGAUGUCCCUCUUGGCUGCGCCUUCUUCAUCUUCAAACUCAACUCGCUGGGGCCGGCCGGGGAGUGGAAAGUUUUUUAAUAGUUGGCGAAUACAAAAUUAAUUUAUGCUUUACAUUAUGUGUAACUAAUAUUUAAAUUAUUGCAAACGAAUGUUCGCCCCGCACUUCCUAAUCUGGUAGAAAGUUUAACGAGGCCACCAAGGCGAGCAAAAGGACCCGCAAUUAAUUCCUGCGGCUUGCCUUUCGACAAGGACCCAGCCACCCAACCAGGACACGGAAAUUAUGUUCUUGCCAGCUUUUUGGCUAAAGUUUAUCAUUUAUUUAUUUUGACGCUGCUUGCUGAGCUAGAAAUGUAACCAGAACCUUAGCCUCGACCAAAGGCUGGCUAAUGCCUAAUCAAAAUUACUUACAAAUUCCAUUAUGCAAAGACCCAUACCCCACAGUUGUAACCGAAAUAUUAACCCUUUGUUUAACGAAAUAAAGUAUGCUAUUUAAAGGA